AUCCGAGUCAAGCAUCAAUCAUCCUCGCCAAGCUACAGAAUCCGGUCAAAGCCUCCUUCGAUUCCAUUAAUGACAAUCUCAAAGAAACCCAUAGCGGUCUCAACAAAUACUCGAAGUCGUUGGAUAAGGUAGCACGGAGCCCGGAUUCGUCCGAUCUUUAAACCCCGCCUGGAUGUUGGCUGACAGUCCUCCUAGCUCUUCAAAGACAGACCCCUCCCGAGCACCGAACAUGACCUCCUCUCCUCCCAGGAACACCUCAUCAACCGGGCCAUCGCGAUGCAUCUGCUCAGGGAGGGGCAGUUCUCGGUGGCGGCCACCUUCCUCUCCGAGAUGGCGGAAAAGAAGGCGGCGGAGAAAAAGCAAGCCAACACGGCGAACGCCACCGAGAAUGCCGCAUCCAUCCUCGACAUCGACGAGGUCCCAUCCGGCGAGGUGCGCAAACAGUUCGCCACGAUGUACUACAUCCUCCACGAGAUGAAAGAGAACAACAACCUGCUCCCCGCCAUACAAUGGGCCCGGGACAAUGACGAGGCGCUGGCAUCGCGGGGGAGCAACCUCGAGUUCGAGCUCUGCCGGCUGCAGUUUGUCUGGCUCUUCCACGGGGCCCACGAGCAGCAGGGUCCCACCCCCGCCGGACGACAGGCGGCUCUGGAAUACGCCCGCCGCGAGUUCCACGGCUUCCUGCCCCGAUACCUGCGCGAGGUGCAGCAGCUCAUGGGCGCGAUGGCCUUCAGCCCCAACCUGCAGGAUUCGCCCUACCGGAGCAUCUUCAACAACCCCUCGGCCUGGUCCGACGUAGCACACUCGUUCACGCGCGAGUUCUGCUCGCUGCUCGGCCUCUCCGCGGACUCGCCUCUAUACAUCGCCGCCACCGCCGGCGCAAUCGCCCUCCCAACGCUAUUGAAACUCCAGACCAUCAUGAAAGCCAAACGCACCGAGUGGACUACCGAGAACGAGCUACCCGUCGAAAUCCCCCUCCCGCCAUCCUACCUCUUCCACUCCAUCUUCGUCUGUCCCGUCUCCAAGGAACAGACCACCGACGAGAACCCACCCAUGAUGAUGCCCUGCGGGCACGUCAUUGCCGAGGAAUCCCUCAAACGAUUGUGCAAGGGCAGCCGGUUCAAAUGCCCCUACUGCCCCAGCGAGAGCCACCCCCGCGAGGCCAGAAAGGUGUUCCUUUAGGUCGUUUUCUUACCCUUUUUGCGUCAUCGUCAAAGCAAGGCUACAAGUAAGUACAUACACUACCUCCUCCUUACCAUGUAAUCAGCGGGCGUCCAGGGUCAGAACUCAGUACGUACAUUGUUUUUUGUUUAUAUGUCUUUCUAUUAAUCUUUCCUUUUCUUGUUUGCGGCGUUAUCGGGAUUUGGGUCGGGCUGGAUAGUCGGGGUUUUUCUUUUUACAGAAGCGUAGCGCAGGGGCUGGAGUGGAUGGAGUAGGUGUACAUAUUUCCUAUUAUUCUAUUAUAAAGAUCAAAAUGAUUUCAAUCCGAAGACAAGC